AUGUCUGUCACCAUUGAAAAGAUUCUAGCUGCUUCGCCCGCUACCCAGCGCGGCCAACCGACGCAGCUCUCCUCCGACAACAAAGGAGAGCGUCUCGCCUAUGCGGCCGGAAAAUCCAUCUUCCUCCGAUCCAUCGACAACCCUUCCGUGAGCAAGCAGUACGUUGGCCACACCGCACAGACGAGCGUUGCCCGCUUCUCGCCCAGCGGCUUCUACGUUGCCAGUGGAGAUGUCUCGGGCGCCGUGAAGGUUUGGGACGCCGUCGAGGCCGAGAACACCAAGGGCGAGUACCACAUCAUUUCGGGUCGUAUCAAUGACAUUGCAUGGGACGGCGACUCCCAGCGCAUCAUCGCCGUCGGCGACGGCAAGGAGCGGUUCGGCCACUGCAUCACGGCCGACAGCGGUAACUCAGUCGGAGAGAUCAGCGGUCACUCCAAGGUCAUCAACUCGGUCGCCGUGCGGCAGCAGCGCCCGCUGCGGGCGGCGACGGUCUCCGACGACGGUUCCCUCUGCUUCCUGCACGGUGCGCCCUUCAAGUUCAAUUCGAAGCACGCCUCAACCCACAAGGGCUUCGUCUUCGGUACUGCCUUCUCCCCCGAUGGCAACCAGCUCGUAACGGUCGGCGCCGACAGGCGCAUCCAGCUCUACGACGGCAAGACGGGCGAACCUACGAUCUCGAUCGGGGAGGGGGAACACACUGGCAGCAUUUUCGCUGUUUCGUGGGCCAAGGACGGUACCAAGUUCGUCACUGCUAGUGCGGACCAGACUGUCAAGCUCUGGGACGUCGAGGCGGGUAAAGCCACACAGACGUGGAAGUUUGGCGAAGGCGUCAGCGUGGGCGAUCAGCAGGUCGGCGUUGUCUACCCCCACGGCAGGACCGACGGUCUGAUCAUCAGCUUGAACCUCAACGGCGACCUGACCUACCUAAACGAGGGCAGCGAAAAGCCCAGCAAAAUCGUGCAGGGCCACAACAAGAGCAUCACGGCCUUGGGCGCCUCGUCCGACGGCAAGGGCCAAACACUGUGGACUGGCAGCUUCGACGGCCGCGUCUGCCAGUGGGACGUGGCUACGGGCACCGGCUCGGUCGUUGAUGGGCAGGCGCACACGAACCAGGUCACUCAGUUCAGUGCCGAGGCGGGACAGACGUACAGCGUGGGCUGGGACGACCAUCUGCGGAUAGUCGACGAGUCGGCCAACACGUUUGUCGGCGAGUCUGUCAAGCUCUCUGCGCAGCCCAAAGGCGUCGCCGCCACCGGCGGCAAGCUGUAUGUGGCGACCAUCGAGGGCGUCGACGUCUACGAGAAGAACAAGCUCGUCUCCGAGAACCGCCUCGGCUUCACCCCCGGUGCUGUCGCCGCCUACGGCUCGACGGUGGCGGUAGGGUCCGGCAACUCCGUCAAGAUCUACACCGCGGAUGGCGCGGGCAAGCUUUCCGAGAUCAAGUCCCUCGACAAGUCGACCUCCCAGAUCUCUUGCCUCUCCUACUCCAAGGACGGCCAGUACCUAGCUGCGGGUAACCAGAUCGGCAAGAUCGUUGCGUACAAGACGGCCGACUGGGAGGUCGCGACGGACCGCUGGUCCGCGCACACGGCGAGGGUGACGUGCAUCAGCUGGAACGACGCCGGGACGCACGCCGUCUCCGGAGCGCUGGACACGCACGUCUGCGUGUGGAGCCUGGCGAAGCCCGGGAGCCGCGUUAAGGCUCUCAACGCGCACAAGGACGGCGUCAACGGCGUUGCGUGGAUCGAGGGCGGAAGCAAGAUUGCGAGCGCUGGUGGCGAUGCCGCGAUCAAGGUAUGGACCGUGGCUGGGCUGCAGUAG